AUGUCGCGGCUGAUCGACUCGCUUCUCGCGCUCUGUGUUCUUGCAACUGCCGCAGACAUCACUGUUAGUCACGCACAAGGUAAUAGCGACGAGCCCCUACUGCUGACGAGAUACAUCGAAAAUGGAAGGAUACGGGAGGCGAGGCAAAAAGCCGAGGUCCAUCACGAGGAGUUUGGUAACGUCAAAAGCUACGCUGGUUUUAUCACGACCAACAAGACCUACAACUCCAAUGCCUUUUUCUGGUUUGUCCUCUCGCAGACCAAUCCGAGGGACGACCCGGUGAUCUUGUACUCGAACGGUGGUCCAGGCGUGCCGGUUUUAUCCGUCCUCUUCAACAACAACGGGCCCUUCAUCGUUACCAAGGACCAGCACCUCUUGCGCAGAAAUCACACCCUCACCACAAACCACAGCGUGAUCUACCUCGAGAUACCGGUUGGCACUGGCUACAGUUACACGGACAACGAGCUGGGCUACCUCCGUACCCAAGACGACGUGGCGCGCUACGUGAUCGCCUUCCUCGAGCAGUUUUACCAGCUCUUCCCAGAACAGCGGAAAAACGAUCUGUACUCGGCUGGCUGCUCCUACGCGGGAAGGUUCGCGGUGACGACGUCGCGCGCCGUCAGGGAGUACAAUCAUCGGGCCGAGGACAAGAUCAACCUCAGGGGUAUCAUUCUGGGCAACGCCUUUAUCGACUUGGUUCGCCAGCAGUCGAAUCGUGAGUUUCUCUACCACAUUGGGCUGAUCGACUGGAACGAGCGCGAGAAUAUUAAGAAGAUCGACGACAGGAUGGCCAAGCUGGACGAGAGAAGCCCCGAGUAUCUUACCGAGGUGGUUGCUAAGUACGAGAUGAUUGUCCUGUACACGAAUUUCAGCUACAUAUUCAACUAUCUAACGACCAACGAGCCCGAGGACACGAGCUACUACAUGUUCUGGGUCCAGACACCGCGGGUGCGGCGAGCUUUGCACGUGGGAGAGCGCAAGUUCGUUGGUUACUUGGCCGAGUCGAAUCGACACUUUGCCGAUGACAUAAGGAUAUCGGUUGCGCCCGUUAUGGCAGAGGCUAUGGAGGAUCACAAGGUUUUGUCCUACAGCGGCCAGCUUGACAUGCACUUUCCUUACUCGGCCACGCAGGAGCUGUACAGGAGCCUCGAGUGGUCCGGUGCUCGCGAGUACAGAGCUGCGAGCAAACAAAUGUGGUAUCACGAGGGUACGUUGGCCGGUUACCGGAAGAGGGUCCAGAAUUUCGAGGAGGCCAUUGUCAGGAACGCUGGACACAUUGCCGAUUACGAGCAGCCGGCCUGGGUUUGCGACCUCGUCACGCAGUUCACGCGAAGAAAGUAGAUUUGUAUUAUGAUAUGCUUUUCUUGUAAUUCGAUGUUUAUUGUGCGACUACAUAAAACGGCACGAGGAAUGACGACUGUUUUCGUCGAGUCGCGUGUAAGUAUAUGUUAGGAAAAUUUUUGUGUUUUGAAAGUUUAAGCAAUAAAUUACUCUUAUCAACUGUGACGUUGUUGCGACGAAGUUGCGUGUUAUUCUGGAAGCGGAUCAACCAUAGCAAUGCAAAAAAAAAAAACAUACAAUUUGUCAUUUUGCGUCAUAAUAAUAUGUAGAUUAAAGUCGCAAACAAUUAAAGUACCCUCAUGUUUUUUUCAAAUCAUCUUAACGAAAUAUAAUCGCGUGCUUUCCUCAG